AUGGACAACGGGUCAUGCUGUCUCAUCGAGAGGGACCCCAUCUCCCAGGUGAUGCCCCCACUGCUCAUCCUGGUCUUUGUGCUGGGCGCCCUGGGUAAUGGCAUCGCCCUGUGUGGCUUCUGCUUUCACAUGAAGACCUGGCGACCCAGCACCAUCUACCUGUUCAACUUGGCUGUGGCUGACUUCCUCCUCAUCAUCUGCCUGCCCUUGCGGACAGACUACUACCGCCGACACAGGCACUGGGCGUUUGAGGACAUCCCUUGCCGGGUGGUGCUCUUCAUGUUGGCCAUGAACAGGGCUGGGAGCAUCGUCUUCCUCACCGUGGUGGCCAUGGAUAGGUACUUCAAAGUGGUCCACCCCCACCACAUGGUGAACACUAUCUCCAACCGGACAGCAGUGGGCCUGGUCUGUGUCCUUUGGACCAUGGUCAUCCUGGGGACGCUGUACCUGCUGACUGAGAACCACCUGUGUGUGCAAGAGAAGGCCAUCGCAUGCGAGAGCUUCAUCAUGGAGUCGGCCAACGGCUGGCAUGACAUCAUGUUCCAACUGGAGUUCUUUCUGCCCCUGGGCAUUAUCCUCUUCUGCUCCUUCAAGAUCAUCUGGAGCCUGAAGCAGAGGCAGCAGCUGGCCAGACAGACGCGGAUGAAGAGGGCCACACGGUUCAUUGUGGUCGUGGCUGCGGUGUUCAUCACCUGCUACCUGCCCAGCGUGUUGGCCAGGCUGUACUUCCUGUGGACUGUGCCCUCCAGCGCCUGUGACCCAUCCGUCCACGUGGCCCUUCACGUUACCCUCAGCUUCACCUACAUGAACAGCAUGCUGGACCCCCUGGUGUACUACUUCUCAAGCCCCUCGUUCCCCAAGUUCUACACCAAGCUCAAACUCCGCAGCUGGAGACCCAGGUGUCCAGGGCCCUCCAAGACCACUCUGAGGCCAGAGGAGAUGCCCAUCUCGAACCUCUGCCAUAGGAGUUGAAUCAGAGUGGCAAACAGCUUCCAAAGCCAGUCCCGUGUCCAGUGGGAUCUCCACGUGUGCUGACUGGCCUUAGAACAAAGAAGGCAAGUCAAGGAGACAGAUUGGUCACGUAAAAAGAUUUGCAACUAA